AUGUCUCAACCUUACGUCUCCACUAUGAGCAAACACUCCAAAGAGCAAUCAAACCUUAAAAGUAUUGGUGCUGAGAAGGAUCUCUCUGAUGUCAUUACUGAUGUUGUUCCCCUCUCGAUCAUACCUGUCCAUGCAAAUCCUAUGAGAAAGGUUAGAACUUCUUCAAGGAAAGGCAAGCCCUCUAAAGUAAGUACAUUUUCCUCUCCUUCCAUGACUGCUAGAAAUGUGAAUGCACCUGAACCCCCUAUUGUAGUAAAGAAACCCCAGUCUAUGACUAGUCUGUAUCUCGAUUCCAUCAACAUUGAACCUAAUGUUGACAUGUCUAAAGAUUGUACUGUUGCGACAAAUGUUAUGGAAGAUGUUGAAGCCUUUGAAACCAGUAAAAGACCUAGGUCAGUAACUACCUUGAGUAAAUCCAGCAUGAUUGUUGCGAACAUAGACGACGUAGAUAAGAAUAUUCGUGUGUUGAUCUCUCAAGUGUUGGGUAUUGACCCCAAGACAAAUGUCGUGCCGAGUGUUUCCACAUCCUUGGCCCAACUAGAUAACAAUACUGAGAACCCCAUGGAGAAAUUUGAUGUGAAUGUACCUACUCCGUCUCCUGAGCAAUCAAAAGACAAAGAAAGGUCUGAAGAAAUGACUGGUGAUCUGGGUGACAAAGAUAAAAACCCUAUUGAGAAAAAUGAUCAACCCACUGACAUAGUAAAUAUUGAGGAACUGGGCUCUGAUGAUGUUCCCAUCGGUCAAAGACUAGAUCCUGGUAUAGCUAAAAGAUUGAAGAAUAAAAAAGGUCAAGCUAUUGAAUCAUCCAGCACACCCUCAAAAUCUAUCAGGAAAAGAGCUAGUGUUGGUCCUACAAAAAGAUGGAGUAAGAUGGUUACUCCUGUGUCUAAGAAUAAAUCCUUGAAGAGAAAGGAAUCUCCUUAUGAGUCUAGUGAAUCUAACCAUGAUGUCAAACACAAUGUUCAUGAUAUCAUCUCUACUUCCAGAAAGCAAGCCUCUAGGAAGAAGAUUCCAGCUAAUAUCCCUGAAGUUCUAAUUGACAACAUUUCUUUUCACUUUGUGGAGAAUGUUGAAAAGUGGAAAUUUGUUUAUCAAACAAGGUUAGCUCUGGAAAGGGAACUAGAGAAAGAUUAUUUUGAAUGUAAAGAGGUGAUGAGUCUGAUUCAAGAGGAUGGAUUAAUGAAAAAUGUAACUGGUUUCGGCAAGUGCUAUGAAAUGCUUGUCAAAGAAUUUAUUGUGAACAUCUCCAAGGAAUGUGACAACAAGAGGAGCAAAGAGUUUAGAAAAGUGUAUGUUAGAGGAAGAUGUGUGGAUUUUUCUCCUGAAAUUAUCAAUAGGUUUUUGGGCAGAAAUGGAGAAGAACAAGUUAAAAUAGAAGUCUCAAACAAUGUCAUCUGUAGAGAGAUUACUGCUAAGCAAGUGAAGGAAUGGCCAAGGAAAGGGAGAUUGUCUUCUAGUGCCUUGAGUGUCAAGUAUGUUGUUCUCCACAGAAUUGGAGCUAUUAAUUGGGUUCCAACCAAUCACACUUCCAACAUUGCUACAGGUCUAGGUAAGUUUAUUUACAUUGUUUGA